AUGAAUCUCUGGUUUCCCAUUGUACUUGGUCUUUCUUGUUUAGUACUCGAUACAGAAGAUGAUUCAUCAUUGGAUUUUAUUGGUGAUGGUUCUUCAAGUGAAGGUCGAAAAACGCCAACUUUAACACCGAGAAAAGGCAUUUUAAAAUCACCGAAAGAUUUUAUUCCAAAAGAAAGUGAACAUUCUGUACAAUUUUCUGAAAAAUUAGUUACAGUUCAAACUGAUGAAGAAGAACGUAUACCAACUCCAAUAAAAACUUCACGUUCAACAACUCUACGACGUGUACAAAUUACUAAAAAACCUUCUAAUGUUGAUGAUGAUAUAAUACCUUCUGAAACUGAAUCAAUAUCAACAGCUAUUGAUGUUGUUGAUGAUGAUGAUGAUUAUAAUAGCAUUCCAUUUAGUGAACAUAUUAGUGAAUCACCAGUUGAUAAUAUGUUUGCAAAUUUAGUUAUGAAUAAUGAACCAUUAAUAACAACUGUUAUUAAAAAUAAAUCUCCACGAGUAACAACAAAAAAGGCUUCAUCGUCAGCACAUAAAACUCAUCAUAAACAGCGAACAAUAUCAGAUAUUAGUGAUGAUGAAAAUACAAAAGUUGAAGAAAUCCCUGAUGAACAAAGCGUAAUUAAUUAUUCGGAAGAUUUUUCAUUAGUAACAACAGAAACUUCAACACCAAGACCAUCAAAACCAACAAAUAUGCAUAUAGAAAAACAAACACCAACUAUACGAAAAGUUUCAACCGAUGAUCAACAAGUACAAGUUGAUUUAAUGUCAGCUCCAUUUCAAUCAUCAUUAAAUCAAGUUCAUUCAAUUUAUUUAAUUAAUCAAAAUGAUUUAAAUGAAACUCGUCCAUCAUCACUUAUUCGAUCUGUUGUUGAACCAAAUGUUCUUCAAUCUCUUCUAAUAACUAAUCCUGUUCUAUUAGCUGUUGAUGAUUUAAUUCGAGAACAAAGUUCUGUAUUACGAUCAUUUAUUCAAUUACAACGUACAUAUUAUGAAUCAACGAUACGAAGUAUACGACCUGAACAUAUUUACGUUACUAAAGAUAAUACACUUCAAUUUAUUGCCGAUCAACAACAAUUUCGAAUGCCUUUUCAAUCAAAUGAUGAUUCUAUUGCUAAUUGA